UAUUAACAUUAAACAAUAUAUAUAUAUUAUUUAUAUAAAUAUAGGUCUUUAAAAAUUUGAUUUUUUAUUUAUAAAUAAAUUGCAAAAAUAGAAAAAAAGUUAAAAAAUUUAAAAAAAAAUAAAAUUUUUUUUUUUAAAAAAUAAAAUAUUUUUUCAAAAUAAAAUCAUUUUAUUUAUAAUAAUAAUUUAAUAAAGUUUUCGAUACAAUUACAGUCAUAUUUUGAACCAACAAAACAAUAAUGAUAAUAAAAUAAUAAACAUAUAAGAAAAAACUAUAGAUCAAUUUGUUUAUAUGAUCUAAUUUAGCAUAAUAAUAUAAAAAGUAAUAAUAUAUAAAAACGAUAAUUAAAAAUGUAUCAUAUUAAUAAUAAUAAUUUCAAAUUUAUUGGUGAUACAAACGAUAUGAAUUUGGAGCAAAAAAGAGAAUCACUACAAACAUCAAAAAUAAUAAAUAAUAAAAAUAAAGAGUUAAUUGAAAAAAUUAAAUUUUUAGAAGAAUAUCAAGAUCAAAUUGAUAGGGACUAUAAAAUUCAAUUUGUUAAAUUAAAAAAUAUAGAUAAAGAAAAAUCAAAGGAAAUUGAGGAAAAGGAUCAAAUUAUACAGAAAUAUUCAAGUGAUAUUCAAAGGUAUAAAGAGAUAAUAGAGAGUUUAGAAUGUAAACUAAACCAUUACAGGAGAGAAAAUGAAGAGAUCAAAGAUAUCAAUAGCAAAAAAGAAACUAUAAUUCAAAUGUUUCGAAACAAAUCACAUAUUUUAGAGAUAGAAUUCAACAUUUAUAAAAUCAAAAAAGAAGAAGAAAUUAAAAAGCUUGGUGAAUCGAAUAACGAAAUUAUUGAAAUUGGUCACAGCAAGAUAAGAGAUCUUAUGAUGGAAAUUGAUUUACUCAAAGAGUUAGGUGCGGACCAAUGUAGGCAAUACGAAUCAAUACUAAACGAAUACCAAAACACAAUAAACGAAUAUCAAGAUACAGUCAAAACAUUUAGAGAAGAGAAUGAAAAAAUCAAAACCAACCAAAAAGAUGAAUUAAAAAAGGUAAAUACUAAAAUAAAGGUUUUAAACAACUCCAUCCUCAGUCUAGGCAAAGAGAAUGAAGAGCUGGAGCAAAGAAACAGGGACCAAAGAAAUGAAAUACAAGAAUUAAGGUUGAAAUUUAAAGAAACAAUGGUAUCAACCAAUGGGUCUGGUGACACCUUUAAAGAGUACGAAAGAAAAGAAAUUAUUAACAACAUUAUGAACUCUAUUGAUCCGUAUCAAUUAUUUGGUAUCAAUAAUAAUAAUAGCAACAAUAAUCAAUUCAUUGAUCAAAAGAUGGUCAAUAACAAAUUUAGACAAUGGGCAUUAUUGCUACAUUCAGAUAAAAACUGCAAUUCCAAAGACAACUCUUCCGAUGAAGCUUUUAAAAAACUAUCCGAUUUCCGAGAUAAACUUUUUAAAUAA